CAAUGCAAAAAAAUAUUAUCGAUUGUAUCGCGAUACAGGACACCAUCUCUUGUCACUCACAAGAUGUUGUUGUUUGUUUUUUUUUAUGAAUCGUUUUUUGUUUUGUUUUUAACAACUGCAUUAGCAUCGUCAUUUAGAUCUUAAAUGUCCAAUUAAAUGAUCUUUAAGACGUAGAUUUAUCAUUUUUAAAUUUUAUCUUAUAAAAUAAGCAUAUGUAGCGUUUGAAUCGCUACACAUAAAUAUUCCGUUUUAAAGACAUUAAAUCAAAAUCGACGACAAAAUGGACGAUGAUCUACAAAUUCUAACUUUACCAUAUAAUAAUGAUCUAUAUGCUAUACAUCGUAAAACUAAUAAUAUUAAAGUGAUAAUUCUACUUGUUUUGCAUGCUAUUCUAGUUAUCAUAAAUUGGUUAUUAAGCUUUGUAUUUCCUUUGGAACAACAUAAUCUUGUUAAUUUAGUAUGGCAUGAAGAAGAAGAAACAAAAAUCAACUUAUUAAAUUCCUAUAAUCUAGCUAUAUAUUCACAACUUAUUCUUUGGCUACUUAGUUUAUUGAUAAAACAUUAUUUAAAAAAUCUUUAUUAUCGAAGAUUACGUAUACUUGGCUAUAAUAAUCAUCAUGAUAAAGUUAGAAAACAUGUAUCAUUAUCAAGUUUUUUUCUACAUGUAGCAAAUGGCCUUCUUUUGAUCAGUACGGUCAUAUUUAAUCAUUCCGAUCAUCUUGAAAUAUUUGGCAUGCAUUUAAAACCUAUUAAUGCAAUCGAAAUAAUUAUUUCGGCCGCAUCCAUUCCGAUAUUGAUCAACAUUCAUGUACACAUUUAUCACGAGAUUAAAUUUCGUCGUAGCCGUAAUCCACCGGAUGUUUUUUGUGUUGAUGAUCCAUCACGACGUUUGACUUCGGAUGGUCUUAAUCAAGUGGCUAUUAGAUCGUCAUCUUUUCUGGAAGAUUUAUUAGAAAAUCAAGCUGAUUUGAUUUAUAAUCUAAAGCUACAGAAUUCGCAUUUAAGAGAAUUACUUUAUAAAGCUACGAGUAAUCAAAAUGGCGACAAUCAACCUGAAUCUACAUCAUCGGCAACGACAAAUAGGGAUGGAAAUUAAUUAUUUUUGAUAAACAUUGUAUUUCAUUUUUUUGGUUUAAGAAUUAAAAAAAUAUUUGUAAAAUCAUU